GGGAGCUCCCCGCUUCUCCAGUCACAGAUCGGCUGCCCAUGAAAAACACCGGACAGACCUGCUGAGCAAUUUGUGCCACAUUGCGGCGGUAACUACCACUAUUAGAGAAGAAGUUCUUCCACAUUUCGUCAGAAAGGGGUGAAGUGUGUGUGCGUGAGUGCAGAUGAGGUGAAGAAAGGCAAAGGAGGCCACCGUGGUUCACCUGCUAUCUACUGGCCCUAACCCUGAGUGACCCUGCUUCCUACUUUUUCUCCUUCGUUUCAAGAGGAGGCUGGGGUCCCUCUGGGUGCAAGAAACACCAUGUGCCAAAACUGGAGAGGACUUCCCAUUGCCCCAUAAGACAGCCAAGCCUCCUGCGAACCUUCCUCUCUAGUCUGAGGACCCUCCUAAUCCUCCACAUUGCCCACUGGCAAAGAUGAAGAAGGUGGCAUCAUGGUCAGCAGAGGACGUCUCUGACUGGCUGAGCAGAGAGGGGAUGCCAGAGUACAUAGAUGCCCUCUGUCAGAUGGAUGGCCCUGGCCUGCUCAGGCUCACAGAGGAAAAUUUCCAGAAUCCUCCCCUCUCACUGGUGUCAUCUGAUGGCGGGCAGCAGAUGAUGGAGCGACUGGAGACGCUGCGGAUAGAGAACCACAUGGAGGCUCACAAAAAUGGUCAUGCAAACGGGCAUGUUGGUGGCCUGCCAAACGGGACAAGCAAGCCCCAGAGGAAUGGCACACUGGGGAAGAAGGACUUCAGAAAGGAGAUGGUCCACAUCCCCAUCCCUGCAAUGGAAGCUACGCACUCCUCGUUCCCUGUCGAGUGGGGGAAGACGGGCGUAGCGUUUUUGUAUGCGGUGGUGUGCUUUGUCACCACCACUGUCGUCAUUUCUGUGGUCCAUGAGAGAGUACCACCAAAAGAGCACACCCCACCCCUGCCUGAUAAGUUCUUUGACCUGUUUGACAGGGUGGAGUGGGCCUUCUCCAUCUGUGAGAUUAACGGCAUGCUGCUAGUGGGAGUCUGGCUGAUACAAUGGAUUCUACUCAAGCACAGGUCAAUUAUAGGCAGGCGGUUCUUUUUCAUUGUGGGCACACUCUAUCUGUACCGGUGUAUUACAAUGUACAUCACCACGCUGCCUGUUCCUGGGAUGCACUUCAAAUGCUCUCCAAAGCUUCUUGGGAACUGGGAGGCACAGAUGAGGAGAAUAAUGAAGAUGAUUGCUGGUGGGGGCCUAUCCAUCACAGGAUCCCACACCAUGUGUGGAGAUUAUCUGUACAGUGGCCACACCGUUAUGUUAACUCUAACAUACCUCUUCAUCAAGGAGUAUUCUCCCAAACGGUUCUGGUGGUACCACUGGAUUUGUUGGAUCUUAAGCGCUGUGGGAAUUUUCUGCAUCCUUCUGGCCCACGAUCACUACACUGUGGAUGUGGUGGUGGCAUACUUUAUCACUACACGCCUCUUCUGGUGGUACCACACUAUGGCCAACCAGCAGUCGCUGAAGGAGACGUCACAGAGUAACCCCUUCUCGCGGGUGUGGUGGUACAGACUGUUCCAGUACUUCGAGGAGAACGUCAAUGGCACGGUCCCUCGUAACUAUCAGCUGCCAUUUUCAUGGAGAGCGUUGCAGUGGAACCGCAGUGUGAAGUACAGCAGACUAGACAUCCAGUGACUCCUCUUGGACUGUGACUUCCAUAAGUGCUGUUUUUACCCAUGGAAGAUGGCACUGUUUAAUGUAGCGCUGUCCUUUCACCUCUAGUAACUGACACAUCCCUGUCCAAAUGGGUAAAUGGGUAGCACUGUGACCCACCUAGUAUUUUUUUUCUUCUUGUGUAUAUAUAUAUAUAUAUAUAUAUAAAUAUAUAUAUCUCAUUUCUCGUCGUCUUUCUCUUCUCGUAGUAUUUGUCAAUGCAAAGCACUAAUUUAUAUUUGUUUUAUGUCUUUUCCUCUUUGUGGGCCACAUAACAGUUUCUGCUUUUGUAGCAGAUCAAUGAAGCAUUUCAACGAACUUCUAAAGCUCAAACAUUUUUGGUCAUCAGGACUCAAAUACUUUUUCUUCCUCAGCACAAAACCAUAGUUAAUGUCUUCAUGUUCUUACAAGAAUUUUAGUGCAGAUAGUGUCAAUCAAAUGCUUAUUUGAUAACCAAAAUGCCAUAAUGCCAUUUUCUUUUUUUUUUCUUUUUUUUAUAGCAAAUUACUUUUUGUAAACUGUCCUUGCUAAAAUGAGUCAAAGGUGCAAAAAAAAUAAUUUUUCUAAGUAUGUCAAACUUUAUUUUUCAAAAACAAAUGAUGUCCAACAAAAGAUUUUUAGAUUUUUACCUUUUUCAAGAUGGAUAACUGAAAGCAUAAGAAUCUAAUGUGGUAUAACAUUAUUCCAGUGCCUUUACUAGCUUGAUUGUAAAACAGUUCAAGUACUGUGUCUUGUAUCUCUCUGCCGCGGGUGGGAUCACGCCACGGUACAAGGUGGUACUUAGUUAACAGUCUCGUUCCCAUGAAUGUAAAAACUACGCCAGCCUUACCAGAAGAUUGGUCUUCCCAAAAUUAAGUGCAGUGAGUGAAAUGUCCCGUCUAUUUAUUGAUGCUUUAUGAUGUCAGUUUGUGCUUAGUUGGUUAAUGCUAUUCGAAAAGAAAAAAUGACUGUUAAUUUUAUUUUUUUUUUAAUGUCUGUAACAUUUCAUUUUUACUAACCAGUCUUUAACCAGCACCAGCCAUGUUCAAAGCCUGAUCAUUGACACCACCAUGUCUGCUAGUUUUGUUUUCCGCCACCACAUUAUCUGCUAAACAUCACUGCCUGAUUGGAAAUUGUGAAAGAGAUGUCUUCAGGGUGCACGUUAUUCUGGACCUGAACAUGUCUUGUGCAACUCUUGCUCAGGAGAUAAUGAGCCCUGAUCUUGUUCCUCACAUUGAGUCCCAUUUUGAAAUCAGAAUUAUCCUCAUUACUGUCCUCUCUUGUAGCUGUGUUAGUGACAAGAUGUGGGAAAAAAAAAUGUUCAACGUGAUACUUGUGUUGAGUUUUAGGGAAUGUCAAAGUUGUGAAAACAGAAGCUUCAAGCAAAGUUUCUGAGCAUGUCUGUAAUGAAUCUGUAUGUGCUUUGUAUAGUUUGUCUUGUACUAAAUCAAGCUGCUAACUUUCAGUUUGAAGACAGUGUAUCUUUACAUUGCCUUCUUAAGUGUGACGCCAAAACAAUCUUCUUUCUAGAAGUAGCAAACAUUCAACAUGGAACUUAUGUGUGGGGAACGAAAUUAAGCAUGAUGCACAGAGCUGGUGAAAUACUGUAUUUGGUCAUAUGUGUGCAAACAUCAAUUUCCACAAAUGUGAAAAUGCGUCCUUAUUGAUGAACCUAAUCAUGUACAUGUUGGUUUUUUUUGCUUUUCUUUGUGUAACUAUGAAUUAACUGUAAAGUAAGUAUUACAUAAUACUGUAUAAGUAUUACGAGUUCAUCUGUAGGGAAGAAGUUUAACUCAUUAUGUGGAACUAAUUUCAAACUGUACUGAUUUGAUGAAGAAAAACUGCACCAAGAUUUAGAAUACACAGAUUCCAAAUAAAUAAUAAUGAUCAUGUGAUUAAUUUCUUUUAACAUCGUCAAAGGGAGGAGGUGAGAAGAUAUCAUCCUCUUCAUUGUGAGUGUAUGUAGCCAAUAGGAGUCUUAAUGUGUGAGACAAAUCUGAGACCUCCUUCCUGUAGCAUUGUCCAAUCAUUUCACUCUCACAGGGAACGGUUUCUCAGUUUUUAAGAGCACAGCAAGUUCCUCACCUACGGUCAUAUUUUGGUUUCAGAUAAUGUGUGAAGCAAUGGUCCAAACAUGGCUCUCUAAUAAUGAGUGCUUUGAUAAGGAUGAAGGUUGAAGUUAAUGUUUGUCUUCUAGUUUUGCCAAUCAAGUUGGAAUAUUAUUUUUUUUUGUUUUGUUUUUUUUGUCUCCAAGAAAUGAAAGUUGUUCUGUAUGUUUCUCUGUAAACUUCUCACCCACUUUGUUUGUGUGUAUACCAGAUGUUUGUAAGAUAUGAUAAAGAAUUCUCCUUUGGACGCUUUUGAAUAAACCAUUUUACUAUAAUGUA